ACCUACCAUCCACGGCGAACUUUUGGCGCUCAAUCUCUGUCUGGAAGACGUUCUGGAGGCUGGAAAUCUGGUUGAAGCGCGUGCUGGCGAGCCGAUUUCCAUCCAUCAGGCGGAGCAAAUGCAAUUUCUGUUGGGCAAACGACUUCGUGAUCGCCGUCGUGACGUGCAAAUGCACACCAACAUCAUGGCUGGAGGCAGUGGCCCCAGCGGACCAACAAACAGUCAAGCCGUGGGGCUGAACUGUGCCCCGUCUGCGGGUGGAGGCGGUGGAGGGGGACAGCAGGGCUCGGGCUUUGGCGCUUCCGUGUCGUCGAGCAGUGUUCCGGGACAGGCAGCCAGCUUGGCGGGCAGCGCCAGUGGCAGCGGUACUGGUACCGGCAGUGGAAGUGGUACCGGCAGUGGGACAACGGGAAGCAGUGGCACUCACGGGCGACGUGAAAACUCAAGUCCUCGACGUAAGUGGACUGGCAGGCCGAAUAUGCGCCUAACGUACAUCCAAAUGAGUUGUUGCUGGUGCGAAUUGGCAAAAUUAUCCAUUUGA